AUGGAUGUUACCUUUUCAUUUCUAAACUAUAUUCCAGGUCUAAAAGGGUUCAUUGUGCUUUCAAAUGGCUCAGUCAUCAAGUCGGAUGGAGAGCUAGAAAAUGACGAAUUAUUGGCAGUGAAUGUCAAGAAAAUGUUAUCUAUUGGCGAACCUCUUGUUCAUGUCGUAGGAAAAAUCGAAAAGAUGACCAUAGCAUAUCCAGAGCAUAAUCUUGAAAUUGUUCGAAGUGGCAAAUAUAUAUUUAUUGUGAAGAAAAAAACAAAUAACUAG